AGAUUGCUUUACACCUGGUGCUUAACUCUUGGAUCCAAUUGGCUAGCCUCUUGGCCACAGCCUGGAGUUAUCACACUCUACCCAAUGGUGAUAGCCGAUAAACCCGCCCCUAGUGACUAUUAUGGGUUAAUCGUGGACACACACAUUCUAACACCUUUGGCACUUUAGGGAAUAUUGAAUAAACUGCUAUUCUCACAUGUCAAUUAGCGGAAUUGUUUACCUCUCGCGCCAAUCAAUUUACACGGUUCCGCGGGAGGCCAGUAUACAUUUCAUUGAAGAAAUUCUAAAAUCAACAACAGAAAAGCUGAUACAUUCUGACAAAAAGCUGGCGAGUGAUUUCAGGGAUUUCAUUCAGCUCGUACAAGUCAGCUAACUCGCACUGACCGACCCUUAAGAAUUACACUGAAUGAAAAUGUCCUUGGAACAAGACAGGUCUGAAGUUUUAUCAUCGCGAGCAGCGGCAUUUUCAAUUGCCAAUCUUUUGAAUGACGAUUCAAAGAAACUUUCAUCAGAAACACAAUUCCAUUCAACAAGAAACCAAGUCAAUUUGGAUCAACCAGCUUCCAGCAAACGCUACGCAAGGACGUCACUGUACCAACAGAAAGAUUUUAUCUCUUCUCAACAAAGCUACCAACCUUUUUCACAAGAGAAAAGAGGCAAACAAGACAGCUACGCAAUCAGGAAUCUCUUAGAAAAUGCACAAGCAAAGAUCAAUGAGCACGAAGAUUUUAGUACCACGCGCCACCACACCAACAUUAACACCCCAGAAAGAGAAAACCCGCUACACCAACUCACUAACUGCUAUGAUUUCGUCAGAAAUUUUGAUUUUCUGAGAAGUGACUUAAUUUACAAGGAUAUCCCAAGAAUGCCAUUAGGCCCACGAGAAAUCCAAGUGGCUCUUCAGCAGAGUGAACUGUGGUGGAAAUUCUAUUCCUGCGGGACAGAAAUGGUGAUAACAAGAACUGGAAGAUCUAGCAAGCAGUUCCUUAUUAUAUUUCUAUUCUCUUUUCACAGGCGAAUGUUCCCGACUCUGUCCUUGUCGUUUUUUGGCAUGGACCCAAAGAAAUACUACUCAAUCCAUGUCGACCUGGUCACAGUUGAUCGUUACAACUACACCUUUGUGAACAACGCUUGGCAAGUCAACGCCAUAGCUAGUGAAGUACAUCCUUCAUCGUACAUUCAGUCUUACCAGGCCGAUGAAAUUGUUCAUACGGGAAUAUACUGGAUGAAAAACGGCGUAGACUUCAAGAAAAUUAGACUUACAAACAGAAGAACAGGAUCCUUUAAAGAAGGAGAGCUUCAGCUGAGUCCGAACAGAAAAUAUCAACCAAGAAUUCAUGUUGUUGAGGAAACAGAUGAUGGCACGAAGGUUUCCUGUUCAACCUAUGUCUUUCCAGAAACUUCUUUUAUUGCCGUCACAACCUACCAAAAUGAAGAGUUGAUCCAAAUGAAAAUCGACCACAAUCCGUUCGCCAAAGGCUUUCGUGACAAAGGAGCAAGGCGUCGAUUUGUCCCCUACGACCAAAGACCAGCAAGCCAGCCCAUGGAACCAUCAAGCAUGAGGUCGUCCGAAGUUUUGUGAAAAAGAAUGCUAAGCACUGAAAAUGCUUUGGUUUUACCAAAUUCUCCUGCCAAAAACUCAUGUCAAACGUCGGACUCGCUACUAAGGCUGCGUUUACCAGGUACCGCACGAAUUUUUAACCGUUCAAAAAUUCGACCAGUACAUACCGUUUAUACUGUAUACACUCAACUGAAGAAUCGUUGUCGGGUUCAGAAACAUAGAACAUAAAAGCUGAGACCAAAAUGGCACAUGGGAAGUAUGUUAAUUAGAUGCAUACUGUUACCGGGGACCCGUGGCAUCCACUGUUUUUAAUACGCGUUUGGCAUUCUAAACCGACUGCAUGGAUGGCGCAUUUCGGUCUCAGCUUUUAUGUUCUAUGUUUCUCAACCCGACAACGAUUCUUCAAUUGAGUGUAUGCGAAAUAAGUCCGGUUUACCCGGAACCGUUCGGCCCAAAUUUGCAUAUUUUUAUUCUGAUACCUCAGUCCCGUGUGAAUGGAACACCUAAACGUACAACUUUUUGACCGUUUAAAAAUUCGUCCGGUACCAUGUAAACGCAGUAUAAAACCAGGGGCCAAUGAACGAAAAUGAAAACGGGUACCAACGUCAGUGGCAGCUUUAGUUUCGGUUUCUUUCGAAAUAUGUUGAGUUUAGACAUCAAUGUACGCAGUAGAGCUUUUAAGUUGUGAUGUAUUUCCGAGUCUAACUGGGGUACUUAUCAUUUACCAAAAAAAGUUAGCCCUAGAAGUAUAGGAUCACCCUACUUUCUCGAAAGCCGGCUACUGAGAUAGUUAUAGAUGAUUUAGCAGCAGUUUGAGCACCAAUUUCGUAUGAUUUUAAUAGUCAAUACCAAGUGGACAUAAAUAAGAGAGGGAAACUUCUUAUUGUGGUGCGCGUCAUGUAAAAUCCCGAUUGGGCUAUUUUUAGUAACCGGAUGCGGUUUAAAUUUCGCCUUACCCUACUCCCGUGCGUCAACUAGCGCACGCGCGCUCUCUUUCCGUUUGUUGUUUUGAUCUCGUUUUUAGUCACUUUUACAUGGCGCGCGCCAAAAUUAGAAGUUUCCCUUACUCAUUUAUGCUCUCUUAUCAAUACAUGGAGGCACGGGAUUAGGGUAAGGCGAAAUUGAUGCUCUCUUGUCAAUACAUGUUCAUACAUUAGUCUAAAUGUUUUUUUAAAAACCUCGGUAACCAAUCUACCGUCUUCUUCAUGCGGCAGAGAAAGAAAUAAUACUCAAGGAAAAAAUACGCGUUCCUCUUCGCCUAAUCAAAUGAAGUUUAAAAUAUUCGCAAAUAUUUGAAGUGUGUUUUGGUUUAUGGUAUAUUUAUAGUCAAGAAAACUGAUUUUUUUAAAGUCAGCUCUUUAUAUGCCAGCUAGUAAAGUAGUUUUAUUGAAAUAUUUAUUUGGAUUGGAGAAAUUGGACUUUAGUGGCAGUCGAGACAUGAGGAAUUUUCUCACCAUUUCCAUCACUGCUUACGAGUUUAGUUGUUUUUAAUAAAAGAACUCUAGAUUAAGAUAUUUUAAAAUGUUAACGUUACAGUUAUUAAUUCAUAAUUGCGUAUUUAGUUUGAGCGGGAAAGUACACUGAAAUGGUUUUCGAUUUGAGCCAAUCAAGAACCAAGCGAACGCGACUCAUCCAGUCAUAAUAGAUAAAUGAAUGUGCACAACCUCGUUCUCAGGGACUUCUUUGCUCGCUUCUUUUCAAAAUAGACGAACUUGAAGAGAUGGCGGUCGCCAUUUCGGAAAAACAGCGAGAAUAGAAGGCCCUAAGAACGAGGUUUGGAUGCUCAUAGAUAGAGUUCUGGUGUUAAGCCAGCAUAAUAAUUAUUUGUAAACAUAAACAAGAAAAAGUUACAAGGAAAAUGAUUGCAAAAGAAAAGAAAUUACGCAAGAAUUAAAAAAGAGCACAAAAAGAAAAAUAGAAAAAAUGACGGCUUUAGAAUUCAACCAAAUUGCUUUGUAAAUGUAAAAUAUACUGAAUCAGGUUUUUUACACUGAACCUUGUAAAAUACUAGCCAUUCAGACGUCGAGGAAAAAACUGGGUCGAAUAGCGCAGCGCACUGAUUCUAAAAAUAGAACAUUGCAUUCUGUUUAACCGCUAC